UACAACAGUUGCAAUUAGAAAGACAUUAAUGGCGAACCCACUAUACAAAAGAAUUUUUUCUUCAGUGACCAUAGCCACCAUUAUGACAAUAUUAGAUGAUGAUGAUGAAUCUAUCGAGGCUAUGAUGGUACUUGAGUUAGAAUCUGAACCAGUUGCAAAUAGAGUACCCAGACAAAGGUGUCGGACUCGGCCGUUUACCGGACAUCAAAUAUUGUGUCAUAUCUUAUCUGGUCAUCAUGAACGUUGCUACCAUCACUUUCGUAUGAGUGCAAUUAUAUUUAUUGCACUCCGCGAUGCUUUAGUCGAGAGGGGGUUAAUAAGUAGCACAAGAAAUAUGACUGCUGAUGAGCAGUUAGGCAUAUUUCUAUAUGGCGUAGGACAUGGCGUGGCAAACCGAAUAUUGGCGAAAACAUUCCAACAUUCCGGAGAAACCAUCAUUAGGCAUUUUAACAAUGCACUACGCGGCAUUGUGAGGCUAAAAGAUGACUACAUAAUGUUGCUGUCAAGUAAUGCUGCCGUGCAUCCAAAAAUUCGGGAUAAUCCAAAUUUUUAUCCUUUCAAGGUAACCAUACACACUUAUACGUAUAAUACAUUGGUGUAUAAAUAAAAUUUAUUACUAAUGUUUUUAUCUUUUCUUUUGUAAACUGUAGAAUGCUAUUGGUGCAAUCGACGAACACAUAUUCCAGUAGUGGUCGAAAGGAGUAAACAAGCACCAUUUCGAUGUCGAAAAGGGUUCACCUCACAAAAUAUGAUGGCUGCGGUGUCAUUUGAUUUUAAUUUUUUAUUUGUAUGCACAAGAUAGGAAGACUUUGCUGCCGAUAUGAGAGUACUUCGAUGGGCAUGCGAAAUAGGUGGUUUCGUUGUUCCCGAAGGCAAGUAUUACUUAGUAGACUCGGGAUAUACAAAUACUGAAAAAUUUCUUGCACCCUAUAGAGGAGAGCGUUACCAUAUUAGUCAGUUUGACGCAAGCACACGGGCCCGCGUUCAUCGAAAUCCACGAGAUUUGUAUAACCACCGGCAUGCUCAAUUAAGGAAUGUGGUUGAGAGGACAUUUGGCAUUUUGAAGAAGCGUUUCAAAAUUCUAAAUGUAGCAACACCGUUUUCGUAUAAAGUUCAAUGCUUGAUUGCUAUGGCAUGUUGUAUAAUACAUAACUUUAUUCGCCGUCACCAAGCAAAUGAUAACAUUUUUUCUGAUGAGGGUCCAGAUGAACAGGACGCUGAAAAUGAAGGUGGAGUGGGCGAUUUAGUGGGAGUAAUUGAGGACUCCCAAAAUGGUGAGGAUCUACGUGCUAAUAUUACAAAUCAAUUGUGGAACACUAGAAUAUAAUUUUAUAUAAAUUAGAUAAUUGUAUUGAUAUUUGGUAGAAAUGAGUGUAGUGGUUAUAUUGUUAUUU